GGUAUUAUAUUUAUAGUUGUAUAUAGUAGUAUACCGACCAGGAAGUUUACAUACAACAUCGUAUACAGAUAUACGUCCAAAAUGUACAUACAGAAUCAACACGUAUCUGUAUCCAACAGUGAUAUAAAAAUCCACUGGAUCAUCUUACUACUAUUGGCAGUCUCAUCAUCGUCAGAUGCUGUAACCCUGUCUGGGUCACCUGAGUACGCUGUCCCUGGGACUAAGUUUACACUGACGUGUGAUGUACCAGAGGAGGCCAAUAGUGUCCAGUUUUACCGCCGUCCUAACGUCACUACUACAGUAGGUGUUAUACAAGUAGCUGGUGACCAAUGUUACAACAUCCAAGUCAGCCCCGCCGUCCCCUGUACAUCGGAUGUCUGUUCCUGUGUAACGUGUGGAGUAACCAUUGGUACAGUGUUCCGGUGGAUCAUACAGCCACAGACGGGAGACCAUGGAUCUGUGUGGUACUGUACACGUACCAACCUUAACCUACCUGACCAGACACUGGACAGUGAUGACUAUACACUCACUGUAGCAGAUGGACCUGGAGAUAGUACUGUAUUUGACCCGCCACAAAACAGUGUAGACAUUAUUGAGAAUCAGACCAUCUCAGAUGUCAGGUGUUCCGCCGACUGUAGACCAGCGUGUACCUACACCUGGUCUAGAUCAGGUACAGAUUACACAAACCCACUGAGUCUGUCUGUGGCCACGAGGACCAACGCCGGACAAUACACGUGUACAGCCAGAAACAUUGUCAGUCAGGGAACAAAGACUUGGAACCUUAUUGUCAGAUUCCCACCACGAAUUCUCAGUCUUGAUUACACUGACGGUAAUUCUGACGUGGCUGAAAAUGGACCCAAGUCGUUGAUGUGUUCGGUGGAGAGUUCCCCUCCGUCCACAAUACAGUGGUUCUAUAAAGCCAACAACACAGAUCUACUGACCACCCCAGACGUCCUGGAGAGUACCUACACCCUGACUAACGCUGACUGUCUGGACACCGGACUCUACACCUGUUCUAUCAGAAACAGUGUCUCUAACACAGCGGUCACCAGGGAUAUACCGAUCAACGUUCUGUGUGAACCACGUCGAGUCGUGAGAAAUGAAACUGACCAAAAGUAUAAUUUAGAAACAGGAAAUAUUUUAGUCAUGUAUGCCUUGUUCCUCUCGAAUCCGGAGCCAACUUUUUCUUGGUCCUUCCAAGCAUCACCGGACACAGUUGUUACACCUUUAGUCGACGGAACAGACAAUUUUGCUAUCCAUAACACCUUUGUGAUGAUGAAUCUGUCUGCCGUAUCGGUUGGGACACGUACAGAUAUACGGGAGGCCUGGUUCGGAGUCUACGGUGUAACGGCGACGAACAGUCAGGGCAGUAACACGUUCAGUUUUAUAGUGAAAGGAAAAAACAUGCCGAAACUGCCGAAGAGUUUAUCAGUUAGCUGUGGAAAUCCCCAUUCCGUCGAAGUGAUGUGGAACAAUGGUGGAAACACCGAGUACUUUCGUGUUUUAUACAGCACUGACAAUUCCCUACAGUCAGUUAUAGAUCCAGCGACGAUCUUCAAGCAGGUGGACGGAAAUGACGUGUACAGUGUAACUAUCGACAAACUAGGUGGGGGGCAGCUAUACUUCUUUAAGAUUGUAGCAUACAACUCACACGCUAACAUCACAUCACUUGAGUCUUCAGGAUGUAGAGUUCAGGAAGGAAAAGGGCGUUUGCCAUUUCGUUCAAGCAAAUGUCAGCAAUGCAAGAACCAGGGAUUCGAUCAAGUGCAAUUUUCAGGGCGAGGUAUUUUGAUAGAAUGGUAG